AUGUCCAAGGGCAUCCUGCAGGUGCACCCUCCCAUCUGCGACUGCCCUGGUUGCCGAAUCUCCUCCCCAGUGAACCGGGGCCGACUGGCAGACAAGAGGGCCAUCGCCCUGCCCCCCGCACGGGUCCUGAAGAAGGAGCCAGCCCCCAGCUUCCUGGCCAGUGAUGGCGCCAGUGACGGGAGCAGCCUGGCCUGCAGGCGGCGGCCGGGUAUGAAGAGGGAGGACGAUCUGCGCGUCAGUAUCAUGAAGAGAAGGGUCCACACCCACUGGGAUGUGAACAUCUCCUUCCGAGAGACAUCCUGCAGCCAGGACAGUGACCUCUCCACUCUCAUAUCCAGUGUGCACCGCAGCCGCCACCUCGUGAUGCCUGAGCCCCAGAGCCGCUGCGAAUUCCAGAGAAGCAGUGCGGAGCUCGGCCUGGGAGCCGCAGGUGACCUAUUGGGCAAGAGGCUGGGCCCCUCCCCCCACAUCAGCAUUGACUGCCCAUCUGAGAAGAAGGCCCGAAGAAGCAGCGAGUCCCCCUCAGAGACUCUGCUGCUGCCGGAGCUUGGGCCAAGUAUGGCCCCUGAGGAGCAUUACCGCCGCCUUGUGUCGGCGCUGAGUGAGGCAGGCACCUUCGAGGACCCACAGCGGCUCUACCACCUGGGCUUGCCCAGCCACGAUCUUCUGAGGGUCCGCCAGGAGGUGGCAGCUGCAGCUGUGCGGAGCCCCAGUGGCCUGGAAGUUCACCUGCCUUCGUCCACAGGUCAGCGUCGGAAGCAGGGCCUGGCCCAGCACCGGGAAAACAUCGCCCCAACAGCUACCCCAUCCUUCCCAGAGAGGGAGCUGUCGCAGCCGCCCCCCCUGCUGUCGCCCCAGAAUGCCCCGCACAUUGCUCUGGGUCCCCACCUCAGGCCCCCCUUCCUGGGGGUGCCCUCGGCUUUGUGCCAGACCCCAGGCUACGGCUUCCUGCCUCCUGCCCAGGCAGAGAUGUUCGCCCGGCAGCAGGAGUUGCUGCGGAAACAGAACCUGGCACGGCUGGAGAUGUCCGCUGAGCUGCUCCGGCAGAAGGAGCUGGAGAGCGCGCACCGCCCGCAGCUGCUGGCGCCUGAGCCCGCCCUGCGCCCGCCCGACGGCGCCGAGGAGCUGCAGCGGCGCGGGGCCAUGCUGGUGCUGAGACACAGCUCGGCGCCGCUUCUGGCGCUGCCCCCUCAGGGCCCCCCUACCCCUCCCCGAGAGCCUGCUCGUCGGGCCGCCCGGAAAGGGGCGCCAGGACAGGCUCCACCUCGGCCCAAUGAGCCCAAGGAGACUGCGGGGGCCGGACUUUGGGUACAGGAUGGCUCUGAGGACGAGCCCCCCAAGGACUCCGAUGGAGAGGACACAGAGACGGUGGUUCCAGGGGACCAGGGCCCCACCCUGGACCAAACCCCAGCUGGAGGAGGGGCCGGCGCAGAGGGGAAAGGAGUGCUCUCAGGGCCCACACUGCCCCCUGCAUUGCCCCUGGGCCUCCCCUACACCGUCAACCCCUACUUCCACACAGGCGCUGCAGGGGGGCUCUUCAUAGACAGGGAGGACGCCACAGCCCCUGAGGAUGUCAGCAAGUGGACAGUGGAUGACGUGUGCAGCUUUGUGGGGGGCCUGUCUGGCUGUGGGGAGUAUGCACCGGUCUUCAGAGAACAGGGGAUUGAUGGGGAGACCCUGCCCCUGCUGACUGAGGAGCACCUGCUGACCACCAUGGGGUUGAAGCUGGGCCCUGCACUCAAGAUCCGGGCUCAGGUGGCCAGGCGCCUGGGCCGAGUGUUCUACAUGGCCAGCUUCCCCGUGGCUCUGCCACUGCAGCCACCACCACUGCGGGCCCCUGAGCGGGAACUCACAGCUGGGGAGCAGUCCCCAUCCCUGGAAACAGCCACCUCCCCCUAUGGCCGAGCCUCACCCCAGCAAGAGAAUGGAACUGCCACCCUGCUCCCUGUGGCCACCGACCCCUCCCAGCCCCUGUGCUGA